AUGGCCGCUCCAUCUUUGAGGCAUCUCGUUGCCGUCUUCUCGCUUAUUGUACCCAUCCUCUCACUCGAGGUCACACCCGGCUCGGACUGUGCGGCAUUGUGCUUGGGUGGAACGAACGAAACGACCGUCGAUACCGCAGCAUCUGGCACGAACUCUUCCGACAUCGUUUGCGAGGACAGCCAGUACCACACGACCGGCAAGGGCAUCAAGUUCAAGAACUGUGUAUCUUGCUUGCAGGAUAGUCAAGCCACCAAAGGGGUCGAGACGGACACUGCUUCCUUCUUGUAUAACAUCCGAUAUGCAGUCGACACCUGCCUCUUUAACUUCCCGGACAUCAACUCCCCGUGCAUCAUCUCCAGUGCCUGCAAACCUCUCAAGACCGCCUUGGCAUCAGGUCUCGACACACCAAACGCCGCGACCUCAUACGACUUCUGCACAGCCGACGGUGACAAAUUCUCGAGCAGCUGGUGGCCUUGUGUCAAGUGUUUGCAGUCCAGUGACAGCCAGAGCUAUCUUUCCAACUUCUUGAUUGCUCUGAAGGCCGGCUGCGAACAGAAGCCCGCCAACGGAAGCCUCGUAGGCCUGACCGGCGAGCUCUUCUCAUCCAACGCGGUCAACAUCACCGCACCGGCAACGAACACAACCCUGCCAGGCGAUGGUGGGGCGUCCGCGACGACAAUGACCACCGGCACCAUCGUCGGCAUCGCCGUAGGCGGCGGUCUGGUCUUCAUCGGCGCCAUCUGUCUCUUCGUCAUCCACUGCCGCAGGCAAAGAAAACAACGCGCGCAACAGGAACCGUCUUUCCAUGAUUCCCACCCGCCCAGGAGCCACUCCGGCUCCGUUGCAACAAUGACCAACGGCCCCUACGUCCCCAUCGGAGACCAUAAGAAAUCAUCAUCCAUCAACUCGUACAACUACGAGCUCCAAGAGAAGCAGACCUUCUCCAACAACGCCGACUACUACGACAAGAUGGAGUCCGACAUCCAAGCCGGACGGGAAAUGGCACACUACAACUUCGACCCCCGCUCCAACAACCACGGCCUCGACAACGCCCUCCCGACACACCCGGCCUACAUCCCUCGAGCCAUGAGCCGGCAGUCGACCCGCCAGACCGAGACACACCCGCCCAGCUCCAGGAAAACAAACACGCCAGACUCGUACGCCCUGCAAACAUACCUGAACGCCGUCAACGAGGAGGGCCUCACCGCCAUCCGGCCGCCGCCAGCAGCAGCGGUCUCGCGAACACCGUCACCGGCGCACUCCCACGACUCACGCCGGUCCGCGCAGACGACGCGCCUCAACCCGCCGCCACCACCGCCGGGACCCCCGCCGGCCAGAAAGGCGUCGUCGAGGAUACCGUCCCUCGUGCUCCCGUCGGUGCCGCGCAUCCGCGUGCCGAAGAAGUACUCGCCCCCGCAGAUCACCGUCCAAGACGCGACGCCGGUGGCGGACAAGGGCGAGACGAGCGAUAUGCAAAUCUCGCAACCACUCACGACCCACGAAGAUAGGUUUCAGGACAGACCGUUAGCUGGACGCACGGUCAUAUCCCACGUCGCGCCCGAGAGGGAGGACCCUGAGACGUACGAAGGCGAUAUGCCCAUCCGCAGCGGCAAGAGCACGCUGUACGGAUGA